AUGAAUUGGACAAUGGUGGUUUUCGGUAAUGGAGUUGAUGCUGCAAAGUGUAGUGAAGAAGUUGAAAGUGGAUCCAUAUUAGAUUUUGAGUUAGAUAUUCAGUGGGAUGUGUAUGACUUGUCCAAGAAAGUAGAAAUGGCAUUGAAAAAGCAUGAAAAACAUAAUUUUUUUUUUCAGUUUUACAGAUUGAAAUUAAAAGAGAUUGUUUUUGUUAUUUCUAAAUUCCAACAGAGUGAUUUAAAAAAUUAUUCCAACUCUGAAUCGUUUCGAAGAAAUAUUAGUUUUGAGGAGUACUCCUUCACAAAUCAGGGUAAGGAAAUGGAAAAAAGGUUUUUAGAUCAAGUAAUGUGGGUUUGUAUGGUGUAG